GAGUUCGUGAAGAUGCGCUGAGAGAAAUGCAAUUCGGUGAAGUCCAAACUUAUGGGUUUUUUAGUAAUCAACAAAUAAUGAAUACUUUCUGUCACAUUUACCAACAAAUAGUUGAGCACACCGAGUAUGGAAUUGCAAGAUUAGGUCUAGUGAAAACUAUAAUAAAGGUUUAGUAUAGCGUCGGUUUUCUGCUUGUUUAGUACUCAGCACAGUUACGGUUUAAUAAUCGUUUAUUAUAAGCAAUUAAAGCGCAAAAGGUGAAGUAAAAUAAAUAAAUAAAAAAAUGUGGACCACAAAAUGUGCAAUUGCAUUGCUGCUUACCGCAUUUAUCUGUGAAAUAACGGCACAUCGUUGGAUGUCGUAUGAAAUACCAUCAAAUAAUGCUUGUCGCACCCCACUCGGCGAUUGGGGUAUGUGUGUCUCAUUGAAAUACUGCCAGGAGGUAUUGACACUCUAUCAACAACUGAAUAUGAACCAAGCGACACGGUACUCGAAGGCUCUGCGCAAUAUCUGCUAUAAUCGCCUGACUCUUGACAAUUAUCCGAUCCUUUGUUGCACUCGCCCGACCUUCGAAGACGCAAAUCAGAGCGAUAAUCAAACUCUUCCCACUAUGCCCGUGUCCACGUCAGCAAAUGUGACAACACAAAGAGCUACAACAACAACAACAUCCACAGUAUCGCCAGACCCUAACGGCGAUGAUCGUUCUGCGUCGGAUGGCGUCAACUCACCACCGGAAACCUGCCGCGUUCCACACGAUGGCAGUCAGGGCAGCUGCAAGCCUUUACAAAAUUGUGACGCUUUGCUAAAACGCGCGAGACAAAAUCCCACCGACACCGAGUUCCGUAAACAAUUAGAGCUCUCCAAUGCGAUCUGUUACAGCAUCGGCACGAAUGUUUGCUGUCCAUUCGAGCAGCGCAAAGCAAUUACGCGUUCCAAUGACGCGUCUUGGCAUUUGCCGACGGAAGAUGAAGGUUGUGGAAUCACAUCCCUAUCGUCGCUGAAAGUGGUGGGCGGUGGUGAUAGCAGUAUAGGUGCUUGGCCGUGGAUGGCCUUGGUCGGGUAUGACCGUUAUAGUUUGUCACCCUUUCGUUGUGGGGGUUCGUUGAUAACAGCGCGACACGUGCUGACUGCAGCUCACUGUAUUUUAAGAGAUUUGUCGUUUGUACGUUUAGGCGAAUACGAUUUGAGCACUGAAACGGAAACGAAGCACGUGGAUAUUGAUGUCGUGAAGUCAGCACGACAUCCUGAUUUCGGUGGCCACGACCGACGCUACGACAUUGCAAUCUUAUAUUUGGAGAAAAAUGUAGAUUUCACAGAUUACAUAUGCCCCAUAUGUCUGCCCGCUUCCGCACAACUACGAAGUAAAUCAUAUGUGGGUUAUCAUCCGUUCGUGGCUGGUUGGGGACGUUUGAUGGAAGGUGGACGUUCGUCAAAUAUUUUACAAGAACUUCAAAUCGAAGUUAUGGACAAUUCUGUAUGCCGACAAACCUAUCAGGCUAACAAUAGGCUUUACUCCAAUCAGCAAUUCGACCAAACGGUAGUGUGUGCCGGAGAUUUGGGUGGCGGACGUGAUACGUGUGGCGGUGAUUCCGGUGGACCGCUAAUGGUGGCAGAGCCAUAUAAAGGCGUAACCCGCUUCUAUGCACUCGGUGUGGUUUCAUAUGGCAUUGGUUGUGGUCGCAUUGGUGUACCGGGCGUUUACACGAAUACGCAAAGUUAUAUAGACUGGAUAUUGGAACGUCUAGAGGAGACGAUUCAACAUUUCAAAGAUACUGGUCCGACUUUGAAACUUUAUAAAUUAUGCCGUAUCAGCGUGACUGAAAAAUAUAAUACUACUGUGAUCAAAUUAAAAGCCCAGUACAACUGCGUGACACCAGGGAAUUAUUAUGGUUACUGCGUGCAAUUACAAUAUUGUCCACAAAUAGCGAACGUUUUCAAUAUACGCAAACGCAAUCAAGCCGAACGCUAUGUUAUAGCUUCACAACGCUCGUGUGGAACACGAAAUAUUAAUGGUGAUCCAGUGGUUUGCUGCUCACGACCAGUAAAUCCAGCGCCACAGCCACAGCCCCAGUCCCAGCUACGACCACAACCGCAGUCUCAGAUACGACCACAACCAUUACCACAGCCAAGACCACAACCGCAACCGCUACCACAACCUGAACCACAAAUACACCCUCAGCCUUUCACUGAAAGUCCAGGGAAUCCCUUCCUGCCACAAACUACGUCUUCACCAAACAUAAUUCAACCGAGACCACCGCCAAAUCAAGGUCAACUUGUUACCUCAACGGCACGUCCCAUAAUAGCGCCCACUCUAAGCCCCACGACUGCACCCGUAGAAAUCGGCGAACGCUUGACAGGCGACUCUUGUGUGGAUCCGAAGCUGAGACGCGGUGUUUGUGUUGCGAUUGCCAAGUGCAGCCAGCUGGUUACAGAGCUUUAUGCCAAGUCGAAUGACCCCGAGUUUGCCGACUUCCUGCGUGCUUCGAAUCGUAAUUGUAGCGGCGUUGCGUCCGUGGCAUGUUGCCCGACCACCGAUAAUGUUAAUAAGAAUCCGACAGUGAUAGUGGUCAACAGCGAUGAUAUACCCACACGUCCACCCACUUUGGAGGAGGGUUGCGGCUACACGCACAACAACUACAAGAAAAUUGUUGGCGGCGAGGUGAGUAAGAAGGGCGCUUGGCCAUGGGCUGUGCUCUUGGCGUAUCCCGACGGCUCAGCGAGUUCACCAGCAGCCUAUGGACGUUUGGGCGAGCACGACCUGAGCACCGACACGGAAACACGCCACGAAGAUGUCAACAUUGUGCGGAAAGAAGCCCAUCCACAGUACAAUAGACGCAAUGGCAAAAACGAUGUGGCAGUAUUGUGGCUAGAGCGCAACGUAAAAUUCAGAGAGACGAUUUCACCGAUUUGCCUGCCCACCGCUCCGCCGAUACGCCAAAAGUCCUAUGUAUCUUAUACGCCCUUCGUCGUGGGCUGGGGCAAGACUAUGGAGGGUGGCGUCUCGUCGAAUGUCUUGCAGGAACUGCAAAUACCAAUCUUCAAGAAUGAUGUCUGUGAACGUAGUUACAAGAACAUCAAUCGUCUGGUGUCUGAUGACCAAUUCGAUGAUGGUGUGCUAUGCGCAGGUGUGCUAUCAGGCGGCAAGGAUACGUGCCAAGGUGACUCGGGCGGUCCACUGAUGAUGCCGGAGUUUUACAACAACAAAGAGCGCUUUUACCUGAUCGGCGUGGUCUCGUAUGGCGUGGGUUGUGCGCGUCCCAAGGUGCCCGGCGUUUACUCCAGUGUGCAGCACUAUGUCGACUGGAUAUUGGAGAAGAUUGCCGAUACACCUUGA